AUGACCGGUCGUCAAGGCGGUAAAGCGAAGCCUCUGAAGCAGCCGAAAUCUGCCAAGAAGGAGGAAGAUGAGCAUGACAUUGAAUUCAAAAAGAAACAGCUAGAGGAGAAGAAGAAGUUGGCUGAAAUAGCUGCAAAAGCUGCUCAAAAAGGACCACUGGUGCAAGGAGGUAUCAAGAAAUCAGGAAAGAAGUGA